GCGGCAUUGUGAGGCGAUCCUUCUCGGGGCUGAAGGUGUUCUCGUUCCCUUAUCUUACGCCCCAGCCUCUGGUCGUUGUUUCUCUCUCUGCGUCUCAGUCCCGUUUGAUCCUGGCCAAGCGGCUGGCGAGUUCCGCUUCUCAGCCGCCCCCGAGAUCCCUCGCUAGCCGAGGGCCUGUUCCCGGGAGCCGCGCGCGCACCUCCUUCUCCUUGUCGUCGUCCUCCCGGGGCCAGGCGCGGGGACAGAGUCGCAUCCCCCGCUCCCCGGAGCGGUGGCGGCGGUGACGCCUCCGGACUGUGCUUGCGAAGGGAGCUCGGGGAGGAGUGGUAACUUAACGACUUAGGCACUCGGAGUUGAGGAGUGCAACUUGAUCAUCUUCACAUUCCCUAGGGCAAGAUCUUAUACUGCGUGGACUCUCUGAGAAAAGAGGAGAAUACAUCUUUACUACAUUGCUGUUAUUCCUGAAGUUGGUAGACUCAACAGUAGCUAGAAGUAAAAUUUCUGGGAUAAGCGCUAUUAGUACAAAAUGUCAAAAAUUAGAAGGAAAGUCACAGUGGAAAAUACAAAGACCAUAUCUGAAAGCACAUCCCGAAGACCCAGUGUAUUUGAGAGGCUGGGACCCAGCACUGGCAGUACAGCAGAGACACAGUGCCGUAACUGGCUGAAGACUGGCAACUGCCUCUAUGGAAACACAUGUAGAUUCGUACAUGGCCUUUCACCCCGUGGUAAAGGUUAUAGCAGCAAUUACAGAAGGUCACCAGAAAGGCCUACAGGGGAUCUUAGAGAAAGAAUGAAGAACAAGCGCCAAGAUGUGGACACUGAGUCCCAGAAACGGAAUACAGAGGAAUCAUCCUCACCUGUUAGGAAGGAAUCUUCAAGGGGGAGACAUAGGGAAAAGGAAGACAUAAAAAUUACCAAGGAGAGAACUCCAGAAAGUGAAGAAGAAAACAUAGAAUGGGAAACUAACAGAGAUGAUUCUGACAAUGGAGAUAUUAAUUAUGAUUAUGUUCAUGAGUUAUCAUUGGAAAUGAAGCGUCAGAAGAUACAGAGGGAAUUAAUGAAGCUGGAACAAGAAAACAUGGAGAAGAGAGAAGAAAUUAUUAUUAAAAAGGAGGUUUCACCAGAAGUGGUUAGAUCAAAGUUAUCUCCAUCACCUUCUUUAAGAAAGUCUAGCAAAUCUCCAAAGCGAAAAUCAAGCCCUAAGUCAUCAUCUUCAACUAGCAAGAAGGACAGGAAGACAACUGCAGUAUCCUCUCCUUUGUUGGACCAGCAGAGGAAUUCAAAAAGCAACCAAAGUAAAAAGAAAGGACCUCGCACUCCUAGUCCACCCCCUCCUUUACAGGAAGAUAUUGCUUUGGGGAAAAAAUAUAAAGAAAAGUAUAAAGUAAAAGACAGAAUAGAAGAAAAACCAAGAGAUGGAAAGGACAGAGGACGAGAUUUUGAAAGACAAAGAGAAAAAAGAGACAAGCCCAGGUCUACUUCUCCUGCAGGACAGCAUCAUUCUCCUAUGUCUUCUAGGCAUCACUCAUCGUCCUCACAGUCAGGAUCAUCUAUUCAAAGACAUUCUCUUUCUCCUCGUCGAAAAAGAACUCCUUCACCAUCUUAUCAGAGGAUAAUAACUCCACCUUUACGACGUUCUACUUCGCCUUAUCCUUCUUCACAUUCUCUGUCUUCUCCUCAGAGAAAGCAAAGUCCUCCAAGACAUCGCUCUCCAAUGCGAGAGAAAGGGAGGCAUGAUCAUGAACGAACUUCACAGUCUCAUGAUCGGCGUCAUGAAAGGAGGGAAGAGACUAGAGGCAAAAGGGAUAGAGAAAAGGACACAAGAGAAGAACGAGAAUAUGAACAGGAUCAGAGCUCUUCCCGAGACCACAGAGAAGACAGAGAACCUCGAGAUGUUCGGGAUCGAAGAGAUGCCAGAGAUACUAGAGACCGAAGGGAACUAAGAGACUCCAGAGACAUUCGGGAUGCUAGGGAGAUGAGAGAUUAUAGCAGAGAUAACAAGGAGAGCCGUGAUCCCAGAGAUUCUAGGUCAACUCGUGAUGCCCAUGACUAUAGGGACCGUGACAGUCGAGAUGCUCAUAGAAAGGAGGAUACAUAUCAGGAAGAAUCCCGAAGUUAUGGCAGAAACCAUAUGAGAGAAGAAAGUUCUCGUACUGAAUUAAGGAAUGAUUCCAGAAAUGAGUCUCGAAGUGAAAUUAGGAAUGACCGGAUGGGCAGAAGUAGGGGGAGAGGUCCAGAGUUAUCUGAAAAGGGAAGCCGAGGCACAAGAGCUUCUCAAAUUGAUAGUCACAGUAGCAGUAGCAACUAUCAUGAAAGCUGGGAAACUCGAAGUAGCUAUCCUGAAAGAGACAGAUAUCCCGAAAGAGACAACAGAGAUCAAACAAGGGAUUCCUCUUUUGAGAGAAGACAUGGAGAGAGAGACCGUCGUGACAACAGAGAAAGAGAUCAAAGACCAAGCUCACCAAUUCGACAUCAGGGAAGGAAUGACGAGCUUGAGCGUGAUGAAAGAAGAGAGGAACGAAGAGUAGACAGAGUGGAUGAUAGAAGAGAUGAAAGGGCUAGAGAAAGAGAUCGGGAACGAGAACGAGACAGAGAACGGGAGAGAGAGCGGGAACGUGAGCGGGACCGAGAAAGAGAAAAGGAAAGGGAACUAGAAAGAGAGCGGGCUAGGGAACGGGAGAGGGAAAGAGAAAGAGAAAAAGAGAGAGACCGUGAAAGAGAAAGAGAUCGUGACCAUGAUCGAGAGAGAGAAAGAGAGAGGGAGCGAGAUAGGGAAAAAGAACGGGAGCGAGAGAGAGAAGAAAGGGAGAGGGAGAGAGAGCGAGAACGGGAGAGGGAGAGAGAGAGAGAGCGGGAACGAGAAAGAGCAAGAGAAAGGGAUAAAGAACGGGAGCGUCAAAGGGAUUGGGAAGACAAAGACAAAGGACGAGAGGACCGCAGAGAAAAGCGAGAAGAUGUCCGAGAAGACAGGAAUCUAAGAGAUGGACAUGAUGAGAGAAAAUCAAAGAAGCGCUAUAGAAAUGAGGGGAGUCCUAGCCCUCGUCAGUCACCUAAGCGCCGGCGAGAACAUUCUCCUGACAGUGACAACUACAACAGUGGAGAUGAUAAAAAUGAAAGAUACAGACUCUUGAGCCAGGUUGUACGACCUCAAGAAUCUCAUUCUCUCAGUCCAUCACACUUUCCAGAAGACAGGCAGGGUAGAUGGAAAGAGGAAGAUCGUAAACCAGAACGAAAAGAGAGUUCAAGGCGCUAUGAAGAGCAAGAGCUCAAAGAGAAAGUUUCUUCUGUAGAUAAGCAGAGAGAACAGACAGAAAUCACGGAAAGUUCAAGAAUUCGAGCACAAGACAUGAUAGGACACCACCCAUCUGAAGACCGUGAUAUAUCUGAUGGAACUCAUGAUGAAAACAAGAAAAAAACAAAAAUUCAAAAGAAACCUAUUAGGAAAAAGAAAGAGGAUGAUGUUGGAAUAGAGAGGGGUAACACAGAGACAACAUCUGAUGAUGGUCAAGUAUUUUCACCAAAAAAAGGACAGAAGAAGAAAAGUGUUGAAAAAAAAUAUAAGAGAUCCAGAGGUGAUUCUGAUAUUUCUGAUGAAGAAGGAGCCCAGCCGAGUAAGAAGAAAAGAGGUCCCCGGACUCCCCCAAUAACAACCAAAGAGGACUUGGUUGAAAUGUCCAAUGAUAAGGAUUUGAGUGUAGAAGAUCCUCAGAGAAAAGAAGAUACAGCGUUUAGUGACUGGUCUGAUGAGGAUGUGCCUGACCGUGCAGAGGCGACCGAAACAGAGCGUGCUGCUUCAGCUGCUGCUCCUAGAAGGACUCCUUCUCCAUCUUCCCUUCCCCCGCCUCCUCCUCCUGUGGCAGCAGCUCCUACCAUGACUGCUUCUGCUGCUCUUGCCACUGCUGCUGCUGCUGUCAGCACCUUCAGCCCAUGUGCCACCACUACUUCCACUUCUGUCAACCCCACCAAUACCAGUGAAGACUCUCAUAGAAAAUGCCAUAAAACACGAGCGGAAAAAGUAGAGGCACCUCAUGUUACUAUAGAAGAUGCAUCACAUCGCAAGCCAGUGGAUCAAAAGAGGAGUAGCAGCCUUGGGAGCAAUCGGAGUAAUCGUAGUCAUACAUCUGGUCGUCUGCGUUCCCCAUCCAAUGAUUCUGCCCAUCGAAGUGGAGAUGACCAAAGUGGUCGAAAGAGAGUACUACAUAGUGGCUCCAGAGAUAGAGAAAAAACAAAAAGCUUGGAAGUCUCAGGAGAGAGAAAAUCAAGAAUUGAUCAGUUAAAGCGUGGGGAACCCAGUCGAAGUACUUCUUCAGAUCGCCAGGAUUCAAGAAGCCAUAGUUCAAGAAGAAGUUCUCCUGAGUCGGAUCGACAAGUUCAUUCAAGAUCUGGGUCAUUUGAUAGCAGAGAUAGGCUUCAAGAACGUGAUAGGUAUGAGCAUGAUAGAGAGCGGGAAAGAGAAAGGAGAGAUACAAGGCAGAGAGAUUGGGAUCGAGAUGCUGAGAAAGAUUGGUCACGGAACAGGGACCGAGAUAGAUUACGGGAACGAGAGAGAGAACGAGACAAAAGGAGAGACUUGGACAGGGAAAGAGAGAGACUAAUUUCUGAUUCCAUGGAAAGGGACAGGGACAGAGAUAGAGACAGAACUUUUGAAAGUUCUCUAAUGGAGUCUGUAAAACGCAGUGAAGCAAAACUGGAGAAUGAACAUGAAAGAGAUCUGGAAAUCACUUCCCGAGAUUCUGUAUCUUUAGAUAAAGAAAGAAUGGAUAAAGAUCUAGUAUCUAUACAGGGAUUUGAAGAUAUAAAUAAAGCUGGAAGAACUGAGAGUGUGGAAGCAGGAGAUGAUGAAUCCAAGUUAGAUGAUGCAAAUUCUUUAGGAUCUGGUGCUGGAGAAGGAUAUGAGCCAAUCAGUGAUGAUGAACUAGAUGAAAUUCUGGCAGGUGAUGCUGAAAAGAGGGAGGACCAACAGGAUGAGGAGAAGAUGCCAGAUCCAUUAGAUGUGAUAGAUGUAGAUUGGUCUGGUCUAAUGCCAAAGCAUCCCAAAGAACCACGAGAGCCUGGGGCUGCACUCUUAAAAUUCACACCUGGAGCUGUUAUGUUGAGAGUUGGGAUUUCUAAAAAGUUGGCAGGUUCUGAACUCUUUACCAAAGUCAGAGAAACAUGCGAGAAACUUUUAGAAAAACCCAAAGAUACAGACAGCCUUUUUGAACAUGAAUUGGGGGCUCUCAAUAUGGCUGCAUUAUUACGAAAAGAAGAAAGAGAAAGUCUUCUUAGUAAUCUUGGACCAUGUUGUAAAGCAUUGUGCUUCAGACGGGAUUCUGCAAUCCGAAAGCAGCUUGUUAAAAAUGAGAAGGGCACGGUAAAACAAGCUUACACGAAUGCUCCAAUGGUAGACAAUGAGUUAUUACGAUUGAGUCUGCGAUUAUUUAAGCGGAAGACUACUUGCCAUGCCCCAGGACAUGAAAAGACUGAAGAUAAUAAACUCUCACAGUCCAUUGUCCAACAGGAACUGUGUGUGUCUUAAGACUGAAGUUCAGGGACAUUUUUGGUACUUUUCCAGCAGUGCAUAUUCUGUUUCAGAGUUCUUUGGUUUCACAAGCAUUAUUUGUGACAGUGGCAGAAAACAUUUAUCAGCCAUCCUAAAAGAGUGAAGAAGAACUUUGAUCUAAAAUUUAAAGACAUUAGUAGAGUGAAGAAGAACUUUGAUCUAAAAUUUAAAGACAUUAGUUUUGGCAAACUCAAGAUUUUACACAGUACUUAAUACUCAUGCAAAAUAAUGUGAAAGCAUCUAGAUUUAGUAGUUUUUGUACAUUUUGUUGAAAUUGAAGUUUGGGAAAAUGUUUGUCACUGCUUUUCCAGCCUAGGAAGAUUUUCAUUAAAGGAAGCCACUCGCAUGUUCUGGAUCAUACCUAAAGAAAUUGCAAUUUUAGUCAGAAACUGUAUUCACAGAAUGAAUGCAAACACUGCAAUACUGUGCUAUACAGAACACUUGAAAGGGGACACUGGUCCUGCAUGCUGUGUUUGUAGUAGACCUCUAGCAGGAGGAAGUCAGAAUACUUUUUUUUCUUUCUAGGGUUCUAAAAAAGUUGCUUAAUGAGUCUUUGGCUUUUUAAAAUAUAUGUGCAUUGUUACAAUGUAUAUUGAAUGUAUUUGGAAUCUAAAUGGUUUUGUUUGUUAUCAAAGACU